AUGCGUGCUAAAUAUUUCCUGAUAGACUGGGAAACAAACGGAGAGUUCUAUUUGGAAGAUAUUUCAAUAUCUUCUCAAGCAAAGUUUUACCUUCAUUUCUACGUGUUUUACCGAAGCAAGGACAUACCGGCAAAACUGUUACCUCAGUUCAGAUUUCUUCAUGUGCCAAGGAAUUCUACCGUAAUGUCUUUUUGUGGAGUAGACUGGGAAGCUCUGUCAACUAUUCUUAUAGCUAGGAAUCCCCGUGUUCUUAUUCAAGAGAAAAGAGAUAUCAUUUUCGCGUCCUCGGAACCGGAGCAAGUUUUUGCAGGGUUGAUCGAAAUAUUAAAGGAAGAAAAAGUGAUUUACAAAACCGCGGUAACAAAAGAAUCAACUAUCAUGGACGAAUUUAAAUUCAAAUGCGUCAACUGCAGGAUGAUUUUUCGAAACAAGAAGGAGCUGAAACAACAUGAUGAUAGAUUCUGUGGGUACUUUGAAGGUUGUCUGACAGGCAAGCAUAAACGCAAAAUAGGAUUCUCAAACGAAGGGUCUGAAUUUGAAGAAAAGAUCUCGGAGGCUGAUAAGUGCAAUCCAUGUACAUCGAACUGCGUUCUCACUUAUUGCCCUCAUAGAAGCAGAAAGGAAGACAUGAAAACAGUGCACAAAACAACUUAUGUCGGCAAAACUCAUCCCUGUUGGAGCAAACAUGACACAAACGAGUUUAGUGCACAUUUUUUCUAUGGAUACGAUGCGUUGCCAUGUUUGGCAGUGACAGGGUGCCCGCGCACAUUCCGGACGCUUCAAGAACAAGCACAUCAUCACGUGACUGAACAUGGCUGUCAGAAACCUUAUUUCUGCAUUGUUUGUUAUAAGUUGUUGAAAGUGAAAUGCUUCGAGAGCGAAACUGAGUUGUUGUAUCAUGGCAAGCUUGAAGGCCACUGUGAACCGGAUUUUUCUUUUGCAUAA